GUUUAUAAUAUCUGUGUUUGAUAGACGUUUGGUGAUGUGAAGAUUAUCUGAGAACAAUUAUAGGAGUGGACUUCCUUUUUAUCAAGACAUGUUUGCUAUACCAAGUUGCAAAUAAUUAUCAACGUUUCAAAGAUAAACUUAUCAAUAACAUUAUCAGAUAAUUUAUUUAUGGACGACGUUGGACACAGUCGUUUACUGAAGUUCUUCAUUACCAGAAUGGACGACCUGAUCGAGUCGAAUGUACCAGGCGAGCAGAUAAUUCGAGGUGACAGCGAUGCGCAUUAUGAGCCUGUUAUAACCGUGACUCAGCAGGAGACAUCCACGAGCAGGGCAAACAUAACAGCGCGGAAAAUAACUGUCACCGAAGAUAUUUCGGAUCAGGGGAUUAAUGAACCUGUUUUGGAAAUGGAAAAAUUGGAAAAUGCAACCGAAGGAAAAUCUGUGGCAAUUGACAAGAAAGUGUAUAAAAAAACACAGCAUGAAGAGAAGAGAAGUAAAACUAAAAUACCAAUGUUAAGGAAAGCUGUGCGCCAAUUAAUUCAAGUAGAAGAUAAAAAGAAAAUGGAGGAAGAAAUACCAGUACAAAGACGGAUGUCUUCAAUCCCUCGAUUAAAAGACAUGAAAAAACUCGUCACAUCUGCAAAAGCAGAGAAGGAAAAUACAGAUCCUAAAACUGUCGUCUCGCCAAGAACAGAAGAAGAGUUCGACAAACUAUUCGAAGAGAUUAAACAAAACUCUGAUAGACAUUCAAAUGCUUUCGUUAAAGAUCCAGAAAAAAUAGAGAUGAAGUUUGAAGAAAUAAUACAUGAUUAUGAUGAAAAUAAAGUAGAACCAAUUAAUGUUGAAAAACUAAAAAGUAGAAUACCAAUGCUUAAAAGAAAAAGUGAACAUGACAUUGAAGCUACGAAGCUAACUAAUUGGAGGCGCGUUUAUAAAAAACGUUCAUCUAUACAAAAUCCUCAACAUUAUACAAAAUUAUUCCUUAAUGUUCAAUCAAAAGCAAGCGAAAGAAACAGAACCCAAUCCGAAACAAACGUCAAUGAUUCAUUUACAACAGAUACUGAGAAACAAGAAAAUACAGAAAGAGAAGAUGAGGUAAACUCAAACAGUGAUACUGGAACUAAUACAAACGUUUCAUUAGGUACAUCGAAAACUGAUCCUGUAAUAUCAACUACAGAAAAAAAUCAAAUGGAAUAUAAUGAACAUGUAUCUCCUGUCUUCUCUUCUGUACAAAAUUCUCUAGAGACUGAAGAGAACAGAAUUCUCAAAAAGAGUCAAUCUAUCGACAGUUCUAAUGUACAACUAAAAGAAAUUCAAACAAAUAGCAGUGUAAGGCGCAGUCUUAGUCAUAUUGAUAAUCUAUCUUCGAACGCUUUGGUUCAAAAGGUUGUUGAAACUCAAAAACAAAUUCAAGUUAGUGAAGAGUAUAACGCAACACCUAUUACAGAAACCAUCGAAGUAAGAGCAUUAGAUAUUGAAGUGAAAUCUUCUAUAGAUGAACAGCCUAUUGAAAGUACAAUAGUUCAAGAAAAAGAUACAAUUGUAAAACAGGACAUGGUAUGUAAAGAAACAUCAAUGUUAAUUCGUAAAAAUCAAGAACACGUAGAUAUGGAACCGUCAGAGGAACCUAAAAGUUUAGAAAUGGAAGUAUCGUAUGUGAUAGAAUCUUCUCUAACCCAACCAACUGUUUUAAUAAGCAAUUCACAAGAUGAUAGUGAAAGAAAUAAUGAAGUAAAAGAGGCUCACCAAAGUAAUAACUACGAUACAAUUGAUAAAAACGUAUUUGAUAACUUGGAUCAAGAGAUUUCUACGUCGAGAAUUAUUUCAACAGAUCUUUUGAAGCCAACCAUUUGUGACACAGAAACAAAAGACACAGUAAAUGGUGUUUCGGAGUCUGUCAAUCUAUCAAGUCAAAAUAUUGACAAAUUUGAUUCCUGUAGCUAUCAUGAAGAAUCUAACAUACAUAAAGCAGCUGAAGAAUUAAAGACCGAAUCCCCAAUUACAGCCAUGCUAGACAACAAUAAAUAUUUUCAAGACAAUAAAUCAAUAAAAAGUGGAGAUCAACAAAUCCCCAUUCUAGGUCAUCCAGAUGCCUUAUUUAAUCGUCCAGAGACUCCCAUAGAGGACUUUUUACCAAUGAUACGAGACAGCAAGGAGAAUUUAGGCACCCUUUUAAAUACAGAUAUACCAAGCACUGAAGUUGAUCAGAACUCUAUAGAUAGGAAUAUCGACCAAGAAAAUCAUGAACAAAAUAAAAUCCCUGAAAGAAAUAGUGACAUAAAAGAUAUCCAUGAACAGCGAAGGAGAAAUAAAGAAAAGAUACAAGAAUUAUUAUCGAAUCCCCAAGAAGAAGAUAUUAUUGUACUAAAAGGAAAAGUCAACAGAGUUAUUAGUCGAUUAGACUCAAAAGACUACAGCAAUAUUAAAAAUAAACCAGAGAUGGUUGAUGAUGUGCCUAAAAAGACCGUUUUGUCUAAAAUAGCUUUAUUUGAGCAAAAAGAAGCAGAUGUAUAUAAAAGAAAACUCUCGCGCAAUCAAAUCCAAAAACCGGAUUUGCCAAAAAUCGUUGAUGAAGUUUUAAAACAACCAAGAUCAAACGAUUCAAAUCCAUUUACUUGGACUAAUAGUUAUACAGAAAAACCAAAAAUACAUAUAAAUAAAGAACCCAGAAUUGAAAUCAAAAGAGAGCUGUCGUAUGCUGAAGUGGAUUUGGGAGAUGCUGUGAAGGGAAGAGUCAGAGAUAUGGUUGUUCGUAUGGUGUCGUUUGAACGCAUGGACCUGGAGAGGAAAGGUAUUAUUGAUAUCAAGGAGAAGCCCAGGAGUGGAUCUGUGUCUGAAAAAAUCGCUUUGUUUGAGAAGAAAGUUACCUCACCAAAGAAGAUAAAAUCAGAAACGCCUAAGCAUAAGGGUCCUCCCGAAGUCAACAUGAGUGAAGAAGAGUUGAGAGAACGGAUAGAAGAGUUAAGAGGAGCGAAGAAGUACGGGAAGUUCACUGACUUGAAGUAUGUUGAACUGAAUGAUGGGUUUAUGAUGCCGGCGCUUGGAGUCGGUACUGCUCUGUUACACAAAAGUCUAACGAAGUAUAUAAUCUGUGCUGCCAUAGAGCUCGGCUACCGUACCAUAGAUAGCGCAUACAUUUAUGGCAACGAAAAAGAGAUUGGCGAAGCUAUAAACGAGAAAAUCAACGAUGGAACUGUCAGACGUGAGGACCUCUUCAUAAUAUCAAAGUUAUGGAGUACAUUCCACCGCCGUGAUGUCGUGGAGAAGGCUUGCAAAAUGUCUCUCAAAGCAAUGGGACUGGACUAUUUUGAUUUGUAUCUAAUACAUAAUCCUAUGUCGUUUAAGGAAGGUGACGAUCCUAUACCGAAAAUUGCUAAUGUCAUUCAAUACAGCGAAUCUGAUUACUUAGACGCCUGGUUCGGUCUGGAGAAACUGGUGAAGAAAGACCUGGUUAAACGCAUUGGCGUGAGCAACUUCAACUCAGCGCAAAUAGAUAGAAUCCUUGACAAGGGAAGGAUUAAACCUGUUGUUAAUCAAUCGUUUCCCCAGAUUGAGUGUCAUCCCUACUUGACACAAUACCGCCUGGACGAGUUCUGCCAAUCCAGGGAUGUUAAGUUAAGCUGCUACGGAGUCCUGGGAUCAAAGGGGACGCCGUUGGAGUAUACAAGUGGAUUAUCACCAGUGAUAGAUGACCCUUUGGUGCUUUCAAUGGCUGCUGGGUUGGAGGUUACACCUGCUCAACUCUUGAUCAGUUACCAACUUCAUUUAGAACAUAGUGUGGUGGUAAAGACAUCGACUGGUCGCCAUCUUUGGAGCAACUUGCAAGCGCAAGCCGUGAAACUUGAAAAUUCUCAUAUAUCUGCGCUCAACGCUCUUAAUAGAAAUAAGCGGAAUUUUACUAUGAAAGGAAUGGGUGACACACACAGGAACUACCCAUUUCGGAUACCGUUUUAGAGAAGACAUCUACGAAUGUUGUUAAAAGAUAAAGCGUGCGAAAUUAAUAUUAUAAGUUUGUAAGGUUGUGGGGGGUAAUCUCUUGAGCGAUUACUUUACCAAUAGAGUCACGUUUGUCAGUGUCAUAGACUAAAAUGAAAAAUCUUUUUGGUGGUAGUCUGUUAAAGUUAAAGAAACUGUCGAACUAAAAUGUUCCUUACGAACGAUGAGAGAAUGAGUUCUGAGAAGCGUUUUAGAGCUUGAUAAUCUUACUUACUUAUAUAUAAAUCAAAACAAUUAUUCAAAAACUCCUGCGCGGAAUUUAUUGCGGUUUUUCUGAGUGACU